UGCAAUUUUCUGUGUUCAUGCAGCGGAUGCAUAACAUCUGCAGAGACAGUUAUGCUUGAGAGGCAGAGUUUGGGUGAGUUCCUCUCAAAUCUUAACAAGGGAAAGAAUGUAAUCGUCUAGCUUUCUCCGCAAUCCAGAGCCUCUCUUGCGGCUUAUUUUGGCAUCUCUCCACUUCAGGUGAGUUGAGAAGUAGCAGUAUGUGAGAGAGAUGGAAAGAAACUGAGAGGAGAAAGGAGUAGCAGUGAGAGGAUUUCUCUUCACGACUACAACCACCAUCAUAUCCUUAUUAUCUACUUGCCAUACACAUUUACAUCUUUCCAUUACAUUUUCAGCAUACAACUACUUCAUAAAUACAAUUUUAUCAAGGUGAAACCAUAGCGUUGCUAACUAUCUAUCUCGCUUGUUACCUGUUUAUUGGCCUUUCAUAAUGGUUUGUAUUUGUUCCUUUUGUGGAUGUUUGUGUUAUUCUAAGUGCAAAAGUCCCCGUCAAUGUUAUGGGUGUGUAAGAAGUUAACAACAUUCCUGAAGUCCCUGGGAGUAAAGGCCGUCUUUGAUACAAGUUGCAGUAGAGAUAUAUCACUUAUCGAAGCUUGUAAUGAUUUCGUAAACUGAUACCAGCAAAGUCGUUGACAAUGAUAAAAGUAAAUCAUCUCUGCCCAUGCUUGCGUCAGCAUGUCCAGGUUGGAUAUGCUAUGCUGAAAAACAACUUGGUUCCUAUAUCCUCCCUUACAUAUCUUCUGUAAAAUGCCCUCAGCAAACUAUGGGAGCUACCAUUAAGCAUCAUAUAUGCAAAAUACUGCAGCUCAGGCCGGACGAGGUUUACCAUGUAACGGUGAUGCCCUGUUAUGACAAGAAGCUGGAGGCUUCUAGGGAUGAUUUUGUUACUGAAUUAGAAUCUCAUGGAGGUCUUAGGGUUGCAGAGGUAGAUUCAGUAUUGACAUCUAGAGAAAUUUUAGAUUUGAUACAGGCUAUACCCCUCAAUUUAGGUGGAGAAGAGAACCUGUUAAGAUUUGCAAUGUGUUAUGGCUUCUGGGACCUGCAGAACAUUGUUAGGACGAUUAAAUUGCAAAAGUGCAAAUAUCAUUUCGUGGAGGUUAUGGCAUGCCCAUCAGGCUGCUUAAACGGUGGGGGUCAAAUCAAGCCGAAGCCUAGGCAAACUCCUAAGGAUUUGAUUCAGGCAUUAGAAACUAUUUAUAUGGAAAAUGCUUAUAUGAUGAGUGGCUUGAGGAUCCCGGAUCAAAGAAAGCAAAAAGGUUCAUGCAUACAGAGUACCAUCCUAUUGUUAAAAGCAUCACUUCUCAGUUGCACAACUGGUGAUCAUACUUUCUGGUACACGAGGCAAUGGAACUUCAGCUUGAUACAGGGCAUUGAUAUCGGAUAUUAUCCUCACAUCCCGGUGUAUCCAUUGCUUAUAUAUGUGGGAUUCGUUCAGAGGGAGAUCCAAUUUUUGAUAGAGUAGACAGUACUUUUACCAUUUGGCAUAUUAGAGUGUUUGCAUAUAGUACUUGAUAAUUAGGACCUAGUUGGAUAGAGCAAAGAAUUGAGUUGUAUACAUGAUUAGUUCAUUUGAAGGGAUUUUUGACAGGGAA